CGCUUGAUGAUUCAUAACCGUUAACUAUUCCCAAUUAGGAAACAUGUGUGUGCCGCACGAUGUGCGGUGGGUUGUAACAAAAUUUUCUUAGGAAAUUAUGAACACUAUUCCGAACUUGUAUACAAGUACCUAGCCCAUUCUAGAUACUUGUUUAAUAUUGAGAAUAAUAAUAUAUAUAUAAUGUCCAACGAAGACACUAUCAAAUCAACCAGACCAAGGCGGAGAUUUAUUGGUCGUAAACCUGUGGACUCAACGUCUUCCUCGGAAGCAACGGAGUCUCCAUUAGUAAGGAAAGCAAAUCCCAAUCGUCACAUUGGUCGAGUUCAUAAUGCCAUUCCAUCAGAUAUUCUCGAGGACAAAGAUCUUAACUCGGCCAUUAAACUUCUUCCUUCAAAUUACAACUUCGAAAUCCACAAGACAGUAUGGAACAUUCGCAAGGCAAAUGCGUCCAGAGUUGCCCUUCAGAUGCCUGAGGGAUUACUCAUAUACUCCCUUAUCAUUAGCGAUAUUCUCGAACAAUUUUGUCAGGUGGAGGUAAUAGUCAUGGGAGAUGUUAGUUAUGGAGCCUGCUGUAUCGACGACUAUACCGCCCGUUCACUCGAUUGUGAUUUUAUUGUUCAUUAUGCCCAUUCCUGUCUUGUUCCUAUUGAUAUAACUGCCAUUAAGGUGCUUUACGUAUUCGUGACCAUUAAUAUUGAUGAAACACAUUUGAUCAAUACGCUCAAGCUUAAUUUUGAAAGAGGAACCCAGUUGGCAGUGUUUGGUACUAUUCAAUUCAAUCCCACCAUUCACAGUGUGAAACAAGUUCUUGAAAAUGAUCUCGAGAAACCACUUUAUUUGAUACCACCACAAACAAGGCCAUUAAGUAAAGGGGAAGUGUUAGGAUGCACUUCAGCAAGAUUGGAUAAGGAGCACAUAAAAGCAAUGAUAUAUAUCGGUGAUGGUCGAUUCCAUUUGGAAAGUUCCAUGAUUCAUAAUCCGGAAAUUCCAGCUUAUAGGUAUGACCCAUAUUCCCGUAAAUUUACCCGAGAAUAUUAUGACCAAAAGCAAAUGAUCACCGUACGUCAAGACGCAAUAAACUCGGCUAAGAAUGGUAAAAAGGUUGGAUUGAUCCUCGGUGCUUUAGGAAGACAAGGGAACCCACAAAUUUUAGAUAAAUUGGAAGUGGAAUUAAGCCGCCAGAAUAUUCAAGCGGUGAAGAUUGUCCUUAGUGAGAUAUUCCCUCAGAAAUUGGCCAUGUUCAAUGAUGUUGAUUUCUUUGUUCAAGUGGCCUGUCCUCGAUUGUCUAUUGACUGGGGCUAUGCGUUUAAUAAACCUUUAUUGACUCCUUAUGAGACAAUGGUGAUGUUGAACAAAGACGUUAUGAUGAAUGAAGUAUAUUAUCCUAUGGACUACUAUUCUAAAGAUGGUUAUGGAAGAGGAAAUAUCCCUGAUCAUACUAACGUUAUAUAGACCUUAUUUGUCAAGUCCCAAUAAAGUGUUUAGUUCAUAUUCUGUCCAUGUGAAUGAGUAUUGUAAAAAUUCAUUAUUAAUGUCAUUGAACCUUUUAUAGAAGUGAACAAAUUCUGUGAAUGAAGUAUUUAUUACUUCUUCCACUGUAAUUGGCGAAUUCAAUUUCAUCAAGUUCAGCUGGAUUUCUAUUAAUGCAUUUGGUACAACCAGUUGAACUAAAUCGUUUACUUUGGCCAUUUCUUCAGAAGUAUAUAACUGGUUUUCUUUUAUUGGUUCGUAUACGACAACAUCGAACAUUUCAUCGUUGUUUUGUUCCAAGGGACAUAUCAUAUUAGUGAUGUUAUAAUAGUUGUAUAAAUUGCAUUGUUUUAACAAUUCUUCCAAUUCGUAUUGUUUUAGUUCUAUAGUUAAUUCAUGGAUCAUAUCAUUCACUUCCAAUACUUUUUCUGAUAAUAAACUAAUGGGCAUGAUUUUACCUAGGAUUAAAUCAAGAAAAUUAAGUCUUAUGAUUAAUAAAUCCUCUUUCUGGUCAUGGAACAAAUGGUUAGUGGAUAAAUGAAGAUUGAAAAUUUCAAUGGGCUCAUUAAUAAUUGACUUCAUAAACUUGAUAUUGUCUUCCUCGGAAAAAUUCAUGAUUGUUGGUGUGGUAAUUUGAUCGAUGAUUGGCAAGAUAUCAGAAUAGAAAUCAAUGAUCCAUUCAGGGGGCUGUAAAUCAAGGUUCAACUCCAAUCGAGCAACAUUACUAGUACGGACCGUUGCCAAACGAUUAGUAAUAAUAAUCAUGAUUCGCUCCCGGGACAUGGUCACUAAUUCUUGAAUUGUAUCCAAGAAAUUACCCGUAUUGCCUAAUUGCUUCGAAAACAUAAACGAAUACAAUUCCACAAGGUUGAAUAUUUGGUAAAUUGUUGAAAGUUUAGUUUCACUGGAUAUGAGUGAUUCGAUUCUGGUCUUAAUCGGUCUUGACAAUGACUUGAGAAUCCGAUCGGUAAUUUCAGCUAUUAUAGAUUCAAAUUCUUGUCUUACGUGCUCUUCAUGCUCUUCCUCAAAUGUAAAUAUAUUCUUGAUGGUUUCCGAUUCAUUGACUGCAACUGAAUGAACAUACGCAAGUAAGUCUCCCACAAAUCGAACUGGAUCAUGGGCAUUUAUAAAAAUAGGACGACUCAGAUCUGCAUUUGAAAUGGACCUUUGCUUUUGGGAAUUUACUUCCAGUUGCUGCUGCUGUUGCUGCCUCUGUUGUUGCUGU